AAAUGCGUUCAGCAUUAAAAAUACAUAUAAAUAGAGCUUCUUGCAUUUAUUGUUUCAUUAUAUUGAGCAGUGACUGCAACUUGCUUCAAAAAGUAUUCUUUACUACGCAAAUGGCUGCAUUUACUCAAUUGGUUAUAUAUAUCGCUGUAGCGAUGCUUUUCAAUCACCUUACAGCAAAUGCAGUCCCUCUAGAACAAAAGGAAAGGCCUUUUGAUUUAAAUAACGGCGGUUCAUCAGAAAAAGCUGUUGGAAGUAAAUCAACCGCAGACGCGCUGUCAAAAACAGCAAGUAAACAGGAAACGGCGAGCAACAGUGAGUUUAGUACAGGAACACAAGAAAGUCAUAAUUCAGGAUCUGGAACGGGAUCUGAUGUAAGACGAGCUAAAACUGGAGCUGAUGCUGGAGCUGGAGCUGGAGCUGGAGCAAGUGGCGGAUUCGGAUUUGGAAUGAAUGCUGGAGGAAAUGUAGGAAGUGGAGUAGGAGCUGGAUCAUAGUAUUUAUCCGCCUCAAAAGUUAUACUGACGCUAUACUACUUUUAUGUGUUUUUGGUCAUUUGGGAUAACUCUUAACAGCAAAUUUUUAUGUCUGCUUAAAGAAUAAAAUAUUUUU